CCCACCAUGGUCCCCUACUCUGCCAUUGCUCCACGGCCAAGGUCCUCCAAGGUUCCACUGUCUACCAUUGCUCCAUGGCCCUGGUCCUCCAAGGUUCCACUGUCUGUCACAGCUCCACGGCCCUGGUCCUCCAAGGUUCCACUGUCUGUCACAGCUCCACGGCCCUGGUCCUCCAAGGUUCCACUGUCUGCUAUUGCGCCAUGGCCCAGGCCCUCCAGUGUCUCACGGUCUGCCACAGCUCCACGGCCCAGGUCCUCUCAGGUUCCACUGUCUGCUAUUGCGCCAUGGCCCAGGCCCUCCAGUGUCUCACGGUCUGCCACAGCUCCACGGCCCAGGUCCUCUGAGGUUCCACUGUCUGCCACAGCUCUACGGUCCAGGUCCUCCAGUGCUUCACUGUCUGUCCCUGCUCCACGAUCCAGGCCCACCUGCUCUACAUGGACCUGGCCCUCCAUCCCACCCCCUGUUUUGCCUCUGUUCCCCCACCCACCUGGACUGUUGUUUGAGCGCCAGGAGUCGCUCCUAGGGGGGGGGGAUUCUGUAACGCCAAGCCAGCAGAGGGAGCCCUCACCCCAGUUCUGCUUGCAUGCUCCCUCUGCUGCUUCUACUGUCACUUCCUGUUUGUCACUAUUUAAGGACUCACCAUGUGCUCACUUCUUUGCGAAGUAUUGCCAGUUUCACCUGCCUUACCAAGCGUUUAUAAUAUUACUCUGUUGGAUUACCUGUUGCGACCUUGCUUUGUUUAUGGACUCUUGAUUUACGGAUUACCCCUGUUGGAUUGUUUGCCUGUUUGGACUGUUUUCAAGGUUUGACCCCUUUUCUGUCCUUUGACUAUC